GCUAUCCUUGCUCAGAAUAUUAAUUCAACUGUACACUACUUACUUCACCUUCACUCACUUAAAAGAAAGAAUUUUACUUUUAUACAUCUGAAACUAUCGUCUUUUUGGUUUCUUUUUAUUUUUUUUUGAUAUUUUUGGAUAUCUGUCCUUUGUCAAGUUGUUUCUGUCAUUUACGGUUUAUUUACAUUAGCUCGCGUACGUGGUAUACUGAGAGAACCAUUCACGCUUCUAAGGGAUUCCUUUUUGAAAGCUCAUCAGUAUGACUUCCACAAUUUCGACGAUUGAACAACUAGAUUUGGUGAAGUUAUUGGAUUCCUGUGAUUCUUUUCACAACAAUUUCAUUCCUGGGUCAGUUCCGUUCUACUUAGAUGGUGCGAUAGUCGGAUAUGUUAUCCCAGAAGUGAUUAAUGAGUUGGUGAAAUUCGAUAGCUUUAAUUUUGAUUGGAUCUAUGAGCCUGGGAAAUCUUUACAGUUAAACGCUACGAGCUUUGAGAAACGCUCUUCUAUUUUAGAAAAGAUUCUCAAUGUAUGGAGAAAAUCCAACCUUUUUGGAGUGGCCGAUCAGUGGCGUGAUGAAUUGUAUAGCGUUUUUGGUCCUAAUGGCGAAGUUGCUAUUGCCGUAGAACGAGGUGGGUAUUGGUUGUUUGGUUUUGUUAGCUACGGAGUUCAUUGCACCAUUUACAUUCCUCCUACCCCAACAACUCCCAUGCGUUUAUGGGUUCCCAGACGUUCACCUACAAAACAAACUUGGCCCGGCUAUCUCGACAACAGCGUAGCAGGAGGGAUCACCCAUGGUGAUUCAAUAGUAGGGACUAUGGCGAAAGAGUGUUUGGAAGAAGCUAAUUUAUCUGUCUCGCAUUCCAACUUACAAUCCCGUGGUAUUGUUUCGUACAUCAAAUUUGCCAGGCAGAAAUGGUAUCAGCCGGAAUUGCAAUACGUAUUUGACAUUCCAAUUAACGAAGAUACAAAGUUGCGUCCGAACGAUGGAGAGGUGGCAGAGUUCCAUCUUUGGACUCUGGAUCAAGUCAUCCAAGGACUAGCGGAGCAAAGGUUUAAACCAAAUUGUGCUCUUGUUAUCCUCGAUUUCUUUAUUCGACAUGGUAUUUUGAGCCCAGAGCACCCUCAGUAUUAUGAAACAUUUCAAAGAAUACACAGAACCCUGCCCCAUCCAAUUAGCAAGUACCAGAAAGAAUCUAAACAUGAUAUAUCAACACCUCACGCAUCUCCUAAUGAUAUCACAGAGUCUCAGUACUUUAACCCAUGUGCUACAUGGUCGGCAAACUCUGACAAAAGUGAAUGUAAAUACAAAUACGCCGUUUUAAUUCUCAAUCGCUCUAUUAGUGUCUCCAAAAAUCGGUUCCGUCAUCUUUGGGAGAAUGCAAGCCUUCGGAUUUGCGCAGAUGGUGGUUCGAAUCGUUUGAGAAGUUACGAUCCAACAUUAAGGCCUGACAUGCUGGUGGGAGAUUUCGAUUCGUUAACAGAUGAAACGCGUGAACACUAUAAACAAAUGGGUGUGCAAAUACUUCAUGAUUCUGAUCAAGAUUCAACGGACUUCAUGAAAGCGCAAAAAGUGAUCCAAGAUAAAGGGGUUUUUGCCAUCUUUACUCUAUGUAGUAUGGACGGACGAGUUGACCAUGCUUUGGGAAACUUUAAUCAUCUGUAUUGGUCGUACACAAAGUAUAAGCGUACUCAGCUCUUCAUAUUGUCCGAAGCUAACGUGACUUGGCUACUACCAUCAGGAGAGAGCAAGAUAGAUUGCAGCACAAAUGUAAAUCAGCAUUGUGGGAUUCUUCCUGUAGGUGGUCCCGCUUUUGUUUCAGAAACCGAUGGAUUGGAAUGGAAUCUAAAAAAUCAGGUUUGUAGUUUUGGAGGACUUAUAAGUUCGUGCAAUAUUGUUCGCAAGGCUGACAUUACCGUACGCACCCAACAUCCGGUCAUAUGGACAAUGGAAGUAAUUGAUCCUACCGAAUAAAAAGCGUAGUGGAACAAUUUGGAUAUGAUUUAUGAUUUAGAACAUCUAUGUUACAUCUGAUAAAUAUUUAAAUUCUUUACUUAUUUAUACCUAGUUUAACGAGUUUUCUAAGAUUAGGUGAAAAUAAAAAUUUACUUAUACUUCACA